AUGGCGAGCAGGAGCAACUGCGGCGCGGUCGUGCGUUUGGCGGCCCUGCUUCUGGCAGUGUGCGUGGUGGCCUUCUCUCCAUCCGUCGCUGCAGCGGAAGAAACCCACAGCACCGUGACGUACAAUCCGGUGGAGGCUUUCUUGAGCAUGCUGCGUGACAGCCAGACAAGCGUCGCCCGCGAGACAACCGAGGCGCCCGCUUCCCGGGUCUUCCUUCCGAUGCUUUUUCCCCCUCCCAUUCCCCCGCAGCCACAAAACGUGUAUCACAAGCACGUCCACCACCUGCCAAAGAAGCCGCCCACGCACGUCCCGCCCUUCCAUCCGCCCUCCCACAGGCCUCAUCCCCACCCGCACAAGCCGCAUCACCCCCAUCACCAUCACGAAUACCCCCCCUUCUUCCCCCCUCCCCCGCAGCCAAGGUACUACUAG